AAGAUUAUGCGGCCCCCAUGGGAGUGGCGUCGGUUUUGUGUUGGCGGCGCGACGCCAACCACAUACAUCUACAAUCCGACUUCAGUAUCCGCGCGAUGAUUUAAAUGAAAGAAUGGCUCCAAAGUAACACCGGAUGGCACUUAUUAAUAAAAGUUGAGCGCGGCAAUUGAAAAUUACUGUAUUUAGUUCAAAUAGCAUUUACAAAAUAAAAUAUGAUUUCUUUUUGGUCACAGUAAAAUGAACAAACGAUUUUGGGACAAUACGGAUAAUCCGUGAGUUAAGUUGAAGAUUAUUAGUGAACUAUUUGCAAAGUUGUGAUUCUAAUAUGGAUAUUUACGUCUCUGUUUUUUUGGCGCUGAUAUGUUCACUGCCUGAUGUUCGGUCAUUGCGUAAUGUACAAGCGUUAAUCCCACAAGCAGCCAAAUUACACGAUUCCUUAAUCUUCCGGUGUGAAUUCGAUUUGGAAGGUGAGCCACUUUAUACCGUCAAAUGGUACAAGGGUCCAAUGGAGUUUUUCCGGUACGUACCCAACGAGGACCCAAAAAUGCAAAUAUUUCCGGUUUCAAACAUACAGGUUGAUCUAAGCAGAAGUUCCUUGAAUGAGAUUGUAUUGCUGGAUGUCGAGCAGGAGGCCACAGGGCGUUAUAAAUGCGAAGUAUCAACAGAUGCCCCUAAUUUCUACACAACAGCGAGCUCUGCAUUUUUAUAUGUAGUAGACGUACCUGAGGAAGACCCAAUUAUGGAUAUUAACAAAGAUCAAAGUGGACAUACCAACGUGAUAAGAGCAAACUGCACUACACCUCCAUCCUAUCCAGCAAUGAAUGUGACAUGGUACAUCAAUGGAAUAAAGGUGAAGGAAACCGGUAGGAAAUCUGUGAGCUUAGAUCCUCUGUAUGCGUACUCCAAGAACCGACGAUCACCUUACAUGACGAUAUCUUAUCUGGAGAAGGAAAUUGAUGAAAACAUUUUCCAGAGUGGCGCUAUUAAAGUCCAGUGCAUCAGUACGUUAUUCAACUUGUAUAAAAGUGAGAACGUACGGUAUAUUGAUGAUGUUAGGCCACAGCCUUGGCCAUCGUCUGUUAUUGGAUCAACCGCAGCAAAUACUACAGGUUCGUUGAUAGUCAAAACCACAUGGGCCUGCAUAAUAACUACUUUUGCAUUAAUUUUUAUUCAAUAAUAAAAGAAGAAGCUUUAGUGUUAGUGUUAUUUUGUUGUUAAAUUUUGUUGCAUUGUACAGAAAAUGGUUAAUUGCGCUAAUGGGUCCAGUAAGAGUCCUGUAUUUCUGUAAUUAACAGGCAAAAAUGAAAAUAAUUUUUCAAUUGUGUGACCGCCUUUGUAUGUGAUCAUCUAGGAUUUAGUAACUUUUCUUUCAUAGAUUUUGUGACCUAAAAUUAAUGUGAUUUGGAAUGUAAAUAUUUACAUAAAUAAUCGCCAUAGAACAUGGGCGCCUAUAUGUAAAAAUGCGGGUUUUUUACAAAUUUUUAUGAUGAUGCGGUUUUUGUUCACCUACACCAUUAUAGUAUAUUAUAUUGUAUUAAAAUAUCCUUAUUAUAUGGAUUCAUCAAAUCCAACUCAAAACUGGGUCUCAGAUUAAAAAUGUAAAAUUAUAGACUCACGUAAACAUUCGAAAUCCAGGAAUAAAGAUAAGAAUAUGCUCAACAUAAAAAUAAUCUUAAAUAUUUCAUUUGCAUUUAAAACAGUAAUUUUAUUUAAACACUUUAUUUAUUUAUUUAAAACUUAUUUAAAAAAGCAAACCCUAGCAAUUUUUACUACAAAAAUUGAAGAAAGGCCAUUUUCAUAGGUUUCAGCAAUGCUGAAUGCCCAGUUAAUGUCCAAGUCACUUGGUUGUUUAGUUUUUUUGUAUGCAGUUAUAUGCAAUUAUUAAAGAAAGGCUUUGCUGAGUGGUAACUGAUGCACUGUUUCUCGUUUUUGAUUAUUAACGUUUAAAAUAUUAUGUAAUCGAAACAAAUAAAUAAUUAAACUUUAGCUAGCCUCAACAUUUUUACAUUUUCCACAUAACUGUAACAUAAUAGAAAAUAUCUAGAACAACAAUAUUAUUCGGAAUUGUUAUUGUAGUAGGCAAAGGUACAAAUUUGCUUUUUCACCAUAUGGACGCCCAAGCCACAAAGCCGUUCAUUUCAUUAAGCUUCUUUUUGAAAAAAGCCAUCGCAAAUACUUCCAACACUGACUAUAAAAUAUUACUAGCAUACACCAAAGACUGCGUAGUAGAUAAAUAAUAUAUUUUAUAAUAUGUUUACCUCUAAAAAUUGAACACUGUAAAUACAAGAAUGGGUGUAAAGUGAUGUGAUAUUUGUAUGUAAUUGAGCUUAAUAUAUGUAUAUUAAAAAUAAGUCCGUUUUUAUGAAA